GGUUAGUCUUUCUGUUUGUAGUUAUAAAAACAAAUAGUUAAUUAAACAUCUUAAAAAAUGCCAGAUAUAGAAACUAAAAGAAAAGCAGAGGAUGUGUCCCUUGUACCUUCCAAGCGAGUACGGCAUGAGAUCUCAGUAGUCGGCACCAGAGAAAAGGCAGUUGUUACUUCAUCAGUUCCAAGAACAUCAAACUUGUAUGCGCCAAUUAUGUUAUUGGAAGGUCACCAAGGAGAAAUUUUCACAGCCAAAUUUCAUCCUGAAGGCAAACAUUUGGCUUCUGCAGGCUUUGACAGACAAAUAUUAAUAUGGAAUGUGUAUGGUCAAUGCGAGAAUGUGAUGGUGAUGAAAGGUCACACGGGAGCAAUAAUGCAGCUUUGCUUCUCACCUGAUGGUUCACAUUUGUACACUGGAGCUACGGACAAUACUGUAGCAGUAUGGGACGUACCCACCGGGACUAGAAUCAAGAAGUUAAAGGGUCACGCUAACUUUGUGAACUCUGUUUCAGGAGCAAGAAGAGGUCCAGAACUCUUAGUUUCAGCUUCAGAUGAUAACACCAUAAAAUUAUGGGAUGCAAGGAAAAGGAAUCCAGUUGCAUCGUUUGACAGUUCAUACCCAGUCACAAGUGUACUCUUCAAUGAUACAGCUGAGAAAAUUUUAUCCAGUGGUGUGGACAAUGUCAUCAAAAUGUGGGAUAUAAGGAAUAAUCAGAUUUCCCUGAAAAUAAAAGGACAUACAGACACUGUUACAGGAUUAUCAUUGUCAUGGGAUGGUGCAUAUCUCCUGUCCAAUUCAAUGGAUAAUACACUCCGUAUUUGGGACGUUAGACCGUUUGCACCAACAGAACGCUGUGUCAAAUUAAUGUCUGGCCACCAACACAACUUUGAGAAAAAUCUGCUCAGAUGUGCAUGGUCUCAGGACGGCUCCAAGGUGUCAGCAGGUUCUUCAGAUCGUUUCCUAUACGUUUGGGACACAACAUCCAGAAGAGUUCUUUACAAAUUGCCUGGACACAUAGGAUCCGUCAAUGAUGUGGACUUUCAUCCAAACGAACCCAUAGUGUUAUCAGUGUCCAGUGAUAAACAGAUUUAUUUGGGAGAAAUUGAAAAUUGAGGACUGAUUUUACUUUUAAAUUUUUAGUUACACAAUUUCCUGUCUCGAGUUUGAUGAUCUUAAGCAAGUACAUAAAAUAAUAAUGAAUGCAAUUUGGUCGUGAUUAUUGGAAAUCUACAGGGUGUACAAACAAAACAAUAUUAAUUUACUAAAAAUGUGUAAAAGAUCAAUGACGAUGUGUUCGUAUUACUGUUGGCAGGUUAUUUUGGUUUGCAGGGUGGAUAUCAGUCUUACUAUACAAUUGUGAGAACCGCCUCAUGUCUCAAGCAGGAUAAAACAUUUACAUGGGCUUUGGUAAUGUUUUACUUCAGGUGAUCCGUAAACUCAUAAAGCCAUAAAAAAAAACCAUUAAAUGUAUUAAAAUGAAACUUAAACUGACUGUAAUAAAAAAACACUUAAGUCAAAAAUAGAAUUUAGCAUAACAUUUAACAUUAGAAAUAAUUUACCUUUACACUAGAAUAUAAAAUAAAAGUGGGUUUAAUGUAUUUAAAAGAUUUUCUAAAAUUACAUUAUCAGUGCAUAUAUCUUUGUGGUUGAUUGUUCGAUUAAAUGCAAAAUCUACUCAAUUUUACAUUGGUAAUUAAAUUUGAUAGCAAUGACAGGAACCAGAGAUGCAAUACAUCAUUAUUAUUCCACAUUUAACUGUAAUACUGAAGCGAUAUAAAUAUGUAAAAUGUAAUAUAGGAAUACAUUUAAUUUAUAAGCAAAAUGUGUCUUUUAUUGUGCAGUGUUGAGACCUGUGAAUAGUAUACAAAUAUGAGAUACAUUGGAUUGUAUGCAUUC